AUGGACGACAAAGUCAAUGCUGGCGAUGAGAAGACUGUGCUGGAGAGCAAUGCUUCUGAAGAAGGCGUCGUCGACAUCGAUCCGGUGAAGGAGCGUAGACUUGUCCGGAAGCUGGAUCUGCACAUCGUGCCAAUGGUGAUGCUCCUCUACCUGCUUUCUUUCCUCGACAGAGUCAACAUCGGCAACGCCCGCCUCUACGGCCUCGAAGAAGACCUCAACCUCACCGGCUCCCAAUACCAAACCGCCGUCUCCCUCCUCUUCGUAACCUACAUCCUCUCCGAACUCCCCUCCAACCUCAUCCUCAAACACUACAUCACCCCCUCCCGCUGGAUCGCCCUCAUCACCACCGCCUGGGGCAUCAUCGCCACCCUCACGGGAAUCGUACAAUCCUACUCGGGCCUCAUCGUCUGCCGUCUCCUCCUCGGCCUCGUAGAGGGCGGCCUCUUCCCCGGCGCAGCGAUCUACCUCACCUUCUGGUACACGAAACACGAACUCGCAUUACGGAUCGGGUAUCUCUUCGUGAGCGCCGCUUUGGCCGGGGCGUGUGGCGGACUCCUGGCGUACGGCAUCGGCUUCAUGGACGGCGUCGCGGGCCAAAGCGGCUGGCGCUGGAUCCUCAUCCUCGAAGGCCUGCCCACCAUCAUUCUAGGCAUUUCCUGCCUCUGGCUCCUCGCCGACGGGCCCGAAACGGCCUACUACCUCACCCCCGAAGAGAAAUCCCUCCUCCUCGCCCGCCGCGCGACGCAGACCGGCCAGACGGAUACCUUCGAAUGGGCCGACGUGCGGAAAGGGCUGAAAGAUUGGAAGAUCUGGGUCUUUUGCGUGGGGCAGUUCGGCGUCGACACGAUGUUGUAUGGGUACUCGACUUUCCUCCCGACGAUCAUCAAGGGCAUCCGUCCGGAGUCCUCGACAGCCAUCGUCCAGGUCCUGACGAUCCCCUGCUACGCCCUCGGCGCGAUCACGUAUAUGCUCGCCUCGCGGUACUCCGACUGGAGACAAUCUCGCGGUCCCGUCACGGUUCUCUUCGCCGCGGUCGCUAUAGUCGGAUACGCAUUACUCGUCUCAGACUCCAGCUCAGGCGUGCACUUCGCAGGCUGCUUUCUCGUCGCGAUGGGUCUGUAUGUCGCGGUGGGGAUCCCGCUGGCGUGGUUGCCGAGUAAUAAUCCGAGGUACGGAAAGAGGACUACGGCGACGGGUUUGCAGUUGACGAUUGGGAAUGUUUCCGGGGUCAUGGCGCCGUUUCUGUAUCCGACGGCAGAAGGACCGAGAUAUGUCAAGGGACAUGCGGUUUCCAUGUCCAUGGUUGCUUUGGGUGCUGUGCUGUACGGUGGUAUGUACUUCUACUUCAAGCUCGAGAACAAGAAGCGAGCGAGCGGGCGGAGGGAUCAUAUCAUGGAAGGGCGAUCAGAAGACGAGGUCCUCGCACUGGGCGACGAGAAUCCUCGUUUCGUAUUUGCCGCAUAG